AUGCUGAGGCAGGUGGGAGCAGAGGAAAAGGCCAAACUGGUGGGCGAGCGGAGCGUGCUCUUCCGUGGGAAUGUCCUCAAGGGCAUGGCGCUGCUUUCCCACUUCUUGGAGCACCGGGCGGCCAUGGCCGAUGAGGCCAAACCCUACUCACGCCUGGACAAAAGUCCGGCGGACAAGGAGGGCUUCGGGAAGAUCAACACGAGACCUGGCAAGAUCAUCCUCUUCUCAGAGGCCGGCUUCGCGGGCCACAAACGAGAGAUCUGGGGCGACAUCCCUGACGCCACGUCCUGGGAGCUCUCGCACACCAUCUCCAUCCGGGUCAUCCGAGGCGGGUGGGUGAUGUACGAGAAGCCCCGGUUCCAUGGGCGCAAGUGCGUGCUGGCUGAGGGCGACGUGGAGAUCGACAACCCCUGGACGGCGUAUGGGCAGAACGGGCAGCCCCACGGCAGCAGGGAGCGUCCGAUCCGGCCCUUUUUGAGCGAUUACCGCACCCCCGAGAUCAGCCUGUUCGCGGAGGAGAACGGCGAAGGCGCCCGGCUGACCUUCACCGACUCGGCCGAGGACACCCGCACGCGGGGCCAGGCACUCACUGCCGCCUCCAUCAUUGUCCACUCAGGCCUGUGGCUGGUUUACUCCAAGCCUUUCUUUGACGAUGACCCCUACGUUCUGGAGCCGGGCGGGUACCCCAAUUUGAAGGCUUGGGGAGCAAAGGACCCAUCCAUCUGCUCCAUGCACCCCAUCAGGCUGGGCGGCCCCGUCGUGGAGAGACCUGGUGAGCCUCAGGUGCUGAUCUACGAGGCCGCGGGUUUCCAGGGCCGCAGCUUCACCAUCAGCAGAGACAUCUACGACCUGAAGCGGCUGCCUGGGCCGGCGCUGGCCACCGUGGGCUCCCUGCACGUCCUGGGUGGCUGCUGGGUUGGCUACGAGAAGGAGGGCUUCCGUGGCCACCAGUACCUGCUGGAUGCAGUUUUUUUGUGGGGCGGCGACGGCAAGGAGCUGGUGUCCUUACGGCUGAUACGGACGGACUUCUCCGACCCGGCGCUGGUUCUCUUCGAGGCCAUGGACUUCGAGGAGGGUCCCAGCGUGGAGCUGAGCGAGGCACUGCCUGACACGCAGCUGGCCGGCUACGGCACCGUCACCCAGUCCAUCCACGUGCUGAGCGGCGUGUGGGUGGCCUACGAGGGCCCCAACUUCUCUGGCGAGCAGUACAUCCUGGAGAAUGGGGUGUACCGCAACUGCGAAGAUUGCUGGAUCCUGUUCGACGGACAGGCCUUCGUGGGGGAGCAGCACGUGCUCUCCGAGGGCGAGUACCCCACGCUCAGCGCCAUGGGCUGCCCCUCGUCCACCGCCAUCCGCUCCCUGAAGAAGGUCCCGGUGUUUUUCUCAGAGCCCUCCAUCUUCCUGCACGGGCUGGAGUGUUUCGAGGGGAAGGAGAUCGAGCUGAACAGCGAAGUGCGGAGUCUCCAGGCAGAGGGUUUCAACAACCAUGUGCUGUCAGUGCGCGUCAAAGGCGGGAUCUGGGUGCUGUGCGAACACGGUGACUUCCGGGGGCGCCAGUGGCUGCUGGACCGCAGCGAAAUCACCAACUGGCUGACGUACAGCGGGCUCCAGCACGUUGGAUCCCUCUACCCCAUCCGCCAGAGACGGAUCUAUUUCCGCGUCAGGAGCAGGGAGCUGGAGCUCUACCUCUCCGUCCCCGACGACGUGGAGGACAUGAAAGCGGGGCGGGUGGUGGUGUCCAGCCUGAGCGAGCAGAGCAGCUCCGUCUGGUACUACGAGGAUGGGCUGAUCAAAAACCAGGUGGCCCCCAACAUGAGCCUGCAGGUCAUCGGGCCGGCCGGGAAGGGCGCGAAGGCUGUGCUGUGGUCCGAGACCUGGAUGCCACGUCAGACCUGGAGCGUCGAUUCUCAGGGACGGAUCCACAGCCAGAUGUUUGAGGACAUGAUCCUCGAUAUAAAGGGCGGCCGAUCCUAUGACCGGGACCACGCCAUCGUUUGGGAUGUUGCUGAGGACAGACCCACGCAGAUCUGGGACAUAGAGGUGCUAUGA